AUGACCGACGACGUGAGUGCGACUACCAGUGCGAAUGCACUCGGUACGGCCUCUGCUGCACCUGGCGCAGCGCGUGUGCCACCGACGCCGAUGCGGUCGCCACGCAAGCUGCUGUCACUUCAAACGCCAGGACGACCGCGGUCGUUCAUGAUGACGCCCGCCCGCAAAGCAGGCGGGGGUUUGCCACCCGUCACGCCAGCGCGUACGAUGCCUCACCCCUUUACCACACCAGCUGCACCUACAGGGACAGUAAAUCGCCCUGCGCCUGUGCCGCCCGUGCGCCGCUUGGUCAUUCACAAGCUGGUUCUGCAAGAUUUCAAGUCGUAUGCCGGCCGGCAGGAAAUCGGGCCUUUCCACAAGUCGUUCUCGAGUAUCGUGGGACCAAAUGGAAGUGGUAAGAGCAAUGUGAUCGAUGCGCUCUUAUUUGUGUUUGGCUGGCGAGCGAACAAGAUGCGUCAGGGGCGAUUGAGUGAGCUGAUUCACAACCGAGAAGGCAUGGAGCCUCCUUCACAGUGUAAGGUCGAAGUAUGGUUCCGUGAAAUUAUCGACUAUCCAGACUCAGAGUCGUUUGACGUUGUGCCAGGCAGCCGCCUGAUCCUCACGCGAUCAGCGCUGCGGAACAACUCGUCUUUGUACCAUUUGAAUGGCAAAAAGUCUACCUAUACCGAAAUUACGUCCCUUCUGAAGGAGCGCGGAAUUGACCUCGAUCACAAGCGCUUCCUGAUUCUGCAAGGUGAAGUAGAGAGCAUUGCGCAGAUGCCGCCCAAGGCCAAGACGGAGCACGAUGAAGGCUUGCUGGAGUACCUGGAAGACAUUAUCGGCACUAGCAGCUACAAGGAGCCUAUCGAGCAGCAUGCCAAGGCUCUUGAUGAAGCCAACGAGGCACGAGGUGAGAAAAUGCAUCGCCUGAAGAUUGUCCAGCGCGAACUCGACAACCUAGAACCCAAACGGCGUGAGGCAGAGCAGUUUGUGCGGGACCAGAAUGAACUUACACGGCAUCAGUCGCGCCUGUGGCAAGCGCAUGGGGCGCGAUGUACCGUGCAGAGGACCGAGGCCUCAGAGGCGCUCGCCGCUAUGGAGCAGCGCCUCGCCACUGAGCGUGAAGCGCAUCGAGAUGUGCAGCAAGCGUGGGACACACUGCAAGACGCACAUACAGCGGCGGCAGCAGCGUGCAAAGACGCACAAACGCAAGUGCAGGCGCGCAGCAAAGAGCUCACGCAAGCCGAGAAGCACCAUGUGGAGCUGACGACGCGCCAAAAAAUGCUGCACACCAAGCAAAAGAAACUGCAGUCCAGUUUGUCGGAGGCGAAAGCCGCAGGAAACGAGGCGCGCGCUGCGAGGGAUACGGCAGCGGACGAUAUGACGUCGGCCCAGCGUGAUUUGGCGGCGCAUGAGACGUCGUUGGCCACGGAAGAGGCCUCGCUUGCGGUGAUAUGUGAGAAACUCAACGACAAAACACAUUCGAUUCGCCAGGCCAUUGAGCAGAAACAACAGGAACUCGCGCCAUGGAUGGCGAAGAUCAGCGAGCAUACGACAGCGCGGCAUGUACUGCAAGAAGAGAGACAAUGGCUUGCGUCACGCACGGACGAGGCGCAUCAGCGUGUCGAAGAUGCACGUAUAGCCUUGGCGGAUAUGCGGCAAGCGCUGCAGUCGAAGACAGAAGAAGUGGAGUCGCUGCAGUACGAGCAACAGACGCUCGCUGAUCAAAUGGACAGCGAUCAGGCGCAACUGACGUCGAUGAAGGCGCAAGAGCAGACGUUGCGCGACAAAGUAGCCGCAGCGCGUCGGGCUGCGGAAGAGGCGCGGCAGGCGCUGGAGACUAGUCAGUCGCGCAGCGAAGUGCUGCGAAGUCUGCUGCGGCAGUCCGAGCUGGGUAUGCUGACGGGGUUCCAUGGGCGUCUUGGGAACCUAGGCACGAUUGAUCAGCGCUACGACGUGGCCAUCAGCACGGCGUGCCCAGGCCUCAACAACCUGGUAGUAGACUCUGUGACGACAGGGCAGCAGUGCAUUGAGCAUCUGCGGAAGCACAAACUGGGGCGUGCGAACUUUGUGCUGCUGCAGAGUUUGCAAGUCUCGCCGAAAGCGAUGGGACCGAUCACGACGCCCGAAAAUGUCCCGCGUCUCUUUGACUUGGUACAGCCCAAAGAAGCGCGAUUUGCUCCGGCGUUUUACCAUCAGCUGGGCGAUACAUUGGUCGCCAAGGACCUGCAGCAGGCCAACCGCAUUGCGUACGGCGCAAAGCGAUGGCGUGUGGUCACAGAAGAUGGGCAGUUGAUUGAUAAGAGCGGUACCAUGUCAGGUGGUGGAACGCGCGUCUUCCGUGGCGCGAUGAGCUCGACGUGGCAGGUAGACGUCACGCCAGAGCACGCAGCGAAGCUCGCGAAGGAGUACGCUGCCUUGGAAGGCGAGUGGCGCUCCCACCAGCAAUCGCUUCAGCAGAUGCAGACGAUGUGGGAGAAGCAGGAAGAACGCGGGCCGGAGAUUGAGCACAAGCUUACCAUGCUCGAUAUGGAUCUCCGUACCUCGACACAGCGCAUUGCCGAUGCCGAGCAGCAGCUGCAUGAACUGCAGGGCCAGUGUGAGCCGGACCCCGACGAUGUGAAGCGCACGGCCGAGGUCGAUGCCGAGUUGGCGAGGCAUGCGAAGGAGAUUGCCUCGUUGGAGAGCGAGUCCAGUGAGAUCCAGGCGGCGAUCCAUGCGUUGCAAGAGCAGAUCCUGGAAGUCGGUGGUGUAGAGCUACGGACGCAGGAAAGCAAGGUCGCAGGUAUCAAAGAGAUGAUGGCGCUGUGCCAGGAACGCCUUGCGAAAGCAGAAGAACAGCAUGCGCGUGCCAGCAAUGAGUGCAAGCGGUAUGAAAAGACGACCGAGACCAGUGAGACACAGCUGGCUUCCCUGGCGUCGGACAUAGCGACGCUCGCGUCGUCGCUCACGGAGGCGCAGCAAGGCGUAGAGGCAGCGCGGCAGGCGGUGGAGAAGGCGCGCGAUGCCCUGGAAGAGCAGGACGAGGCGCGUGAAAAGCUGCAAGUGCAGUUGGACGAAAAGGCGUCGGCCUUGCAGGCGUUCCGUGCGAUGGAGACGGAUUGGCAGCAGCAAUGCGACGUGCACAAGAAACAGGUGCAAGACGCGGAGGCGUCGCGCGCGCAAUGGCAAGCCCAAGUGGAUGCGCUGCACCUCCACACGAUUCCCACGCGCGCCGUCGGCGCGACUACGACCGCGGCGGCAGCCCCAGCGCCAGCCGAGGCCCUCGAGGCGAUGCACGAGGAGCUUGUGUCGGUCAAGGCGGAAGACGAGGCGGCGAGGGCCGAUCCACUGCCGACCCUAUCCCACGACGAGGCGCUCGCCGUGGAUACCGCGUAUGCCGAGGCGGAAAUCGCGCGUCUCGAGAUGGUCUUGCAAAAGAGCCAAGCCAAUUUGGACGUGCUCGAAGCGUUCCGCCAAGUGGAAGAGACGUACCAGGCGCGUGCGCAGGAUGUGGAUGCUACGACGCAGGCGCGGGAUCAGGCGCAGCAGCAGUUUGACGCGCUUCGCAAGGAGCGGCUGGAGCGGUUUAUGCAAGGGUUCUCGCAGAUCUCGCUCAAGCUGAAAGAAAUGUACCAGACCAUCACGCUGGGCGGCAAUGCGGAGCUCGAGUUGGUCGACAGUUUGGACCCAUUCAGCGAAGGCAUCAUCUUCAGUGUGAUGCCGCCCAAGAAAAGCUGGAAGAACAUUAGCAAUUUGAGUGGCGGCGAAAAGACUUUAAGCAGUCUUGCGCUGGUCUUUGCGCUGCAUGCGUACAAGCCUACGCCGCUGUACGUCAUGGACGAAAUUGACGCUGCGCUGGACUUCCGCAAUGUAUCGAUCAUUGCGAACAUCAUCAAGGAGCGGACGCGAGGCGCGCAGUUUGUGGUCAUCUCCCUGCGCAACAACAUGUUUGAACUAAGCUCGCGCUUGGUCGGCGUGUACAAGACACACAACUGUACAAAGUCCAUUACUGUUGCGAAUACCGAUCUACAUGAAGGGACCGCGGUCGCGGCGGCGUCCCCUAGCAAACGUACGGCCGUCGCGGCGAUCCCCGCAGCACGCUACGUGAGCCAGGACAGCGCCGGGUAG